AUGACGACUAAGAAAGCCAAACAAGGUCCUUUAAAAGAAAAGCAUCACUACAUUCCACGAUUUAUUCUACGUAACUUUGCUACUAAUGAUUAUAAAAGAAAAUUUGUGAUGUCUCCAAAUUACCAACAUAAGGCCUUAUCAUUUAAGAAUAAUAAAAAUCAACUCCAUCUCCAAACUUAUAAAAAAGAGGAGAAUCAGCUAAGUGUCUCCUUAAUCAAGGACACUUAUGAGUAUAGCAAUAUGUACAUAGAUCUCAAUAACGAAAAAGUAAUGCAUGUAGAAAAAGAACUAUCAGUUCUUGAAUGCAAAGCAUCGAAAGUUAUUCGAGAUAUUAUAGAGAAAUCUCAAAACGAAAAACAAAUAACUUUAUUCAGACGUGAUCUAUAUGAUCUACGCAAAUUCCUUUUCGUCAUGGACUAUCGUAAGCCCCAUAGAUGCACUCAGUUUACCAAAGAGAAAUUUGAUCACCCUACUUGGUUGAAAGUAAAAGAAUUCAUGCGGCAGUGCAACUUACAAAGUGAACGAGAUGUCUGGUUACAAAAUAUCUUUCAGAUAUUAAAGACUCCACAUAAAGAGAUAAAAGACAACCCACUUGUUUUUGAAAUAGAUAGAGAUGAUUAUAAGCAACGUAUGGUUGAUUGUUUUCUUGUAAUUUGGCAAGCUGGCGAAAGUGAUGAAUUUUUAAUGACAAACAACGGAUUUGGAACCUUUGAAGGGGUGUCUGGAAAAGUAGUCGAAGGAUUACCCUUUCAAUUUCCCUACCAUCAUUUUUACGUUAUCUCUCCAAAGUUAGUAUUAGUUCUCUGUCAUUCUUCAUUCCGAGGAGGAAUAUUUGAACUUGAUAAAUUAUUUUGGUACGAGAAAAUGGGAUUUCGUCGCUCGUUAUUUGAUAAUGACCCUCAUCCACCGGCAACACCAAAUUACGUUGGCAAAGCAGAUGCCUCUCAGAAUGCUCAAAGUUUUGACAUGCCAUUUGACUCACAUAUGCAUGAAAAUGGUCUCAAAAGGGUUGAUAACGAUACAUUUACUUUUCUUUUUGUCAAGAUCUCUUCAGCUACUGUUAACCUCGUAAAUUCUAUCAUACUCAAUGAAACGGACGAACAAGAUUUAGUUGUGUCCUUCAUUUCCCCUUCGUAUCUUUAUAAGACAAUCGUCAAAUAUCAUAAAAACCAUCAAGUAGGCACAGCUCAAAACUUUUCUAACAUGAAAAUAAAAUUAUUUACUGCUUUGAAUAAAACUCAUGAAGAAGAUUUGAGUCUUCGAAGAAACAUUCCAGCUGAUCAUUCAUGA